AUGGACGUUGCACCAGCCAUUGAUUUCAACUUCAAUGCAUCACCACACAGCGGUUACUACACUAGUGCUCCAUCAAGCCCCACAAGACUCACCGAAUUCUACUGCGAAUUCGAUGAAUUGUUGAUUGCGGCCGGAGCUAACCCGGGUGGUUCUCGGGCCGCAGUUCCAUUUGCUUGGGAAGAAAAGCCGGGCGUCCCAAAGACGUCCACGGAUUUAUUCGAAGAUGAUUUCUCAUUCGAUGUAAGUUGCGAGUUGGGAAGAGAUUCGGUUGCGGCCGAAGAUUUAUUCCAAGGGGGUGUAAUUAGGGCAGUUAAUGAUUUUGCGCACGCGCAUAUUACCUACACAUGUGAAGGUAAUAUUAAUAUUUCAAGAGGAAGAGAGAGAGGGUUUUCGUCCUCUCGUCUUCCUUCUAGAAGUAGAAGGACAAGAUCUUUGUCCCCACUUGGGGUUUCGGAUUAUCGUAGGGACCCACAACCGAUAACUACGAGUACAAAACAACCUUCCACUCCAUCUUGUUCGACAGAAAGCGUGUCGAAAAGAUGGAGUUUUAAGGAUUUGUUUUUGUUCCGAAGUGCUUCGGAUGGGCGAGCAAUGGAAAAAGACCCCUUGAAGAAAUACUCGACCGUUGUCCGGAAAAAUGUUCAAGAUAUCCGAAACUCGGGUGAAUCUGGCUCGGUUUCGAAACGAAGGGGGCGUGUAUCGGCUCAUGAGCUUCAUUACAACUUGAACCGUGCAAAUUCGAAUGAGAUGAAGAAGAAAACAUACUUGCCAUACAAGCAUGGUAUUCUAGGAGGAUUGUUGUUCAAUCCUUAA